UAAUUACUAAAUGUCUCCCAUCACAAAAACAAAUUAAACUAAACCAUAUUCUUUCAAGUAAACAAAACAACCCCAUCAAACAAAGAUUCUAAUUUAAUUAAUUUUUCAUGGAGAAUACUCAUGAUUUUUCAUCUAUAAGUUGUGAAAUACAAAUCAUAAGAGCAAGAAACAUAGAACAAAUAAGUUCAUUAGGAAAAAACAACUUGUUUGUUAGAUGUUAUCUUCCAACAGGAAACAACAACCAAAGAUUUAAGCUAAACACUCAAGAGAUCUCAUCAAAAUCAAACUUGUUUUGGGAUGAAUCUUUCUCAUUAGAUUGCAUGGGAACUCAAGACUCCAUUAACAUGAUGAAGCAAGGAACAAUCAAUUUCGAGCUACGAUCAAGAAGAUAUGUUCCUCUUCUUAGGAAGAAUAUUGGUGGCUCACAACUCUUGGGAAAAGUUGAAAUUCCAUGGAGAAGAGUAUUUGAGUCAACAAGAAUGGAGAUAGAGGAGUGGGCAAUAUUCAUGACUACUUCAAAGAAUAUUAAUGAAGAUGUGAAACCUCCAGCAGUGAAGAUAGCAAUGAAGGUUAAAGUAAAUGAGACAACUACAAAAAUUAAUAAGUUGAGAAGAUCAUGGGAUGAGUCAUGUAGUUGCAAGGGUUAUUGUGAGUGCAAAAGUAGUAUUUUUAGUCUUGAUGAUUAUGAUAUAUUUGCACUUGGAGUUGCUUUAGAUUCCCUUUAAUUCAAGGCCAAAAAUGGACAAAGCACUAAGCUAUGUCCUCUCUAGGAUUAGAUUAAUUUUUUACUCAUAUAUAAAUAGGUGUCAUUCCAUUUGUUAAAAGUAAUUGAUAUAGGUAAAAGCGACUUAUAUAUCUUUUAAA